UCUGCAGCUCCAAAGACAUCACUUUCUAGUUAAAGAUGGCUGCUGAUACCUCUGUUGAAAUACUUCAGAAAGUUCUGGAGAAUGAAAUACUUCAGACAGCCAAAGUUGUGGAAGAACAUCUGGAUGCUGAAAUGCAGAAGCUGGACCAAAUGGAUGAAGAUGAAUUGGAGUGCCUUAAGCAAAGGAGGCUUGAAGCACUAAAAAAAGCUCAGCAGCAGAAACAGGAGUGGCUAUCAAAAGGACAUGGAGAAUACAGAGAGGUCCCAAGUGAGAGAGACUUUUUCCAAGAAGUCAAAGAGAGUAGAAACGUGGUUUGCCAUUUCUACAGAGAUACAACAUUCAGGUGCCAAAUAAUGGACAAACAUUUGACUGUCUUGGCCAAAAAGCAUGUUGAGACAAAGUUCUUGAAAUUAAAUGCUGAAAAAUCUCCUUUCUUAUGCGAGAGACUGCGCAUCAAAGUAAUUCCCACUCUAGCGCUACUAAAAGAUGGAAAAACACAAGACUACAUUGUGGGCUUUACUGAUCUUGGUAACACUGAUGACUUCACUACAGAGACCUUAGAAUGGAGAUUAGGCUGUGCAGAUGUAAUUAAUUACAGUGGAAAUUUGAUGGACCCACCUUUUCAAAGUCAAAAGAAAUAUGGAACAACCUUUACAAAAUUGGAUAAGAAGACUAUCAGAGGAAAGAAAUACGACUCAGAUUCUGAUGAUGACUAGAAGGACAGAUAAAUGUAUUUGUAAAUCAUCUUUUGUUUAUGCUUGGUACAUUUCUAAGAAUGUUUUUUAUAAAGCUUACUGCUUUUCAUUACAUCUGCACAUAAUGCUCAUUUUUCUAUACAGUUUUAUACAGCUGAGUCAUAGCAGAAAAUAGUUUUGGUUUGUUUUUUUCUCUCUUUUGGAAGCCGUU